UUUAACGAUCAAGCUCUCAAUGGCGACAGAAACAGCGUUCAGACCUCGCGUGGAUCAAGAAAAUGCUUCAGCCCUGGAUAUCAAGGGUGGAAAUGUAUCAGGGAGAAGUUUUGGUGCUGCAAAAUCUUUCCAGUCAGACAAUGCUCCUUUAACAACUCCACGACGUGCUCUUGGAGAUGUAGGGAACACCAUCAAACCAUCCACUACGAAAGCCAGGAAGGGACUUGCAUUAAAACCCAACAAGCUAAUGGGCAAGAAAUCUACAACCACAAAGAUUUUCCAAGAUCGUGCAGGAACCCCAGCAACUAAAGGACUGCCACUCUUACAACAAAUAAGCUCUGCAGGUCUUAAGCAAAGUAGCAAAAAGAAGCAGGCAAUUCAUGUAAAGACUACAGAGAAACAAAGAGUGAAAGCCGAACAAGACCAGUGUCAAAAAGAAACAAUGCUUCCGUUUACUGAUAAAGAGGAUGCUCUUCCAAGACCCAGCUAUGUUUCAGCAAUCUUGAGGAAUGUUGGAGCUCUUUAUUAUGGCUGUCAGUUUAGACCCCAGACUGGCAUUGAUUCAGAUUCUGAAGACGACCCAGCAAAUUUUGUGCACUUUGAAAAUGAAAGAAGACCAAAAAAAGAUACCUACUUUGAUUCACUUCCAUUUGAAGGAGAACUGGAUUUGUUAACUCAAGGCUUUGAUACACUCAGUCUUCCAGAUAUAGAAUUGCCACCUAUCGAUAUUGAUUCACUGGGACUUGGCUUGUUGUAGAAAUAGAAUAUUAUUUUAUACAUUAGUUGAAAAUUACACUGUAAAUUUAUAUUAGCUGUAAAUAGAUUGUUUUGUUGUGUCAAGAAUUUCCAUCUUCUAGUUUGGUGUUCUUUUUUUUCCUAUAUUUUGAAACAAGUUUUUUCCUGUUGUAAAUCCUUUAUUUUUCACUGUUGUAAUAACAAAUAAAAUUUACCACUUCCAUUGUCUCUAGACUUGAGAUUACAGUCUCUUUUAAUUUCAUUGCCUUAUUUUGUUUCCAUUUGAGAUCCCCUGUUAUUAUUUACCAGUAAUAUUUAACUGAAAUAUUGAAAUAAACAUUGAAAAAAGCUGUGAAUAAAUGUGCAUUUUGUCUUUGUUGACCCUGCAUGUUCUCCUUGUCAAACAUUUCCAAUAUUCUCUUUGGACAAAUUAGCUUCUUCGUUCUUAAUAAAUGACUUGGAGAGCACCUUUAUUCUCAAGAUGAAUGCCAAAGAUGAAUGCUAAAGAUGCAAACUACUAACUGGUUUUCCAGGGAUUGUGUAACUCAGUUUUUAAAAGAACU